CAGUCUCGGAACGACGAACUACGAUAUAAUUCGGCCAUCGUUUAAUACAAAACAUUUUCGCCAAAGAGCUCGUUUAAAAGAUGGCUUUUGCAAUACGAUUCGUAAUUUUAUUCACACUCUCAUUCGAAACGUUAGCGGAUAGCUUUCAACAUAAUCUAUCCAAGGAAGAUCUCGAGGAGGGUCUGCAAGUGGGUCGCCAGUAUGCUAGGGACGUAGAAGCGCUGGAAGAAGCAAUGAAUCACACUUUGAUUCGUGAAGAAAUAUUUUCGGGCUUUGAUCCAUUCGCCAUCCCUGACGACGUCAAACAAUCGAAAGAAGCUUCUAUAGAAUUGACUGCACGCCAGUAUUUAAGUUCAAAAUUUGAUGUUCCUGCCAAUGAAAUCCGUUUCGAUGACAUAACCGAACGCAAGUUACAACCUUUAUCGAAAUGCGAUCCUUCCUAUCCGUAUCGUAGCUUCGACGGAACGUGUAACAAUCUCGAAAACCCACGAUACGGAGAGGCAAACACAAUAUUUCAGCGACUUAUGGGACCAGCAACCUAUUCAGAUGGUGUUUCAACAAUUCGUGUAUCGGAAUCCGAAGCUGCUCUAGCAAGUCCUCGUUUGGUCACUACCAGCGUGACAGUCAAUAAAAGCGUGUCGGAAAGCCAAGCGACUCUGUUAACGAUGCAAUGGGGCCAAUUCCUCGACCACGAUUUAACAUUUACAGCCAUCGCCAAAACAAGUAGUGGAGGAGCUAUCCUGUGUCGUUGCAGCGAUGUCAGUUUAGGUCUUGCACACCCCGAAUGCUUACCUAUUACAGUUCCGAUUGAUGAUGCAGUGUACAGCAGCCAGAACAUCACAUGCAUCCAUACGGUUCGAUCUUCUUUCGGUCUGAAUCUCGACGACACAACUCCCACAAGCCGAGAACAGAUAAAUUCCUUAACACAUUGGAUGGACGGCUCGCAAAUUUACGGGAACAACGACGAAGUUGCCCGUUCUCUGCGUGACACGACGUCAGGCAAAGGCCUCAUGAAGGUGUCGAUGAAGAACGGUCGUGAGUUAAUGCCUCUGUCCCCUACUUGCUGCCCCAACGACCCGACCAACACAUGCCCUGCUGCUCAAUCGUGUUUUAUGGCAGGCGAUCCAAGAGCCACUGUGCAACCUCUUCUUGCUGUUAUGCACACGUUGUGGCUACGGGAACACAACAGGGUAGCUAAACUGCUGUACGAUAUCUAUGGAUCCGAUAAGACGGACGAGUUUUACUAUCAACAAGCUCGUCGCAUUGUUAUCGCAGAAUUUCAGCACAUCACCUAUAAAGAGUAUCUUCCCGUCCUUCUCGGUCCGUUAGCAAGCCUCCACCCUCCGUCGAAUGGGCCAUCUAAUCCAGCUAUCUUUAACGAAUUUGUUGCUGCUGCUUAUCGAAUGGGACAUUCUCAGUUGCGGAGCUUCAUCAGGUUGUACGAAGCUGAUGGCAGUGAAAGCUCGCAGAGUUUUUUGUUGGGGAAUUCUUUCAUCACAGGCGGAACGCGUUUACUCCAUCCGACGUUUGUCGACAAUGCCCUACGCGGACUCUUACGAACUCAGGCACAGUCUGUUGAUGAGAAUUUCGCAGAAGACAUCACUAGUCUGCUUUUUCGGCCAGACCCCAACGAACUCGGCGCUGAUUUAGUGUCAAUCAAUAUACAGCGAGGCAGAGAUCACGGUCUCCCGCCUUAUGUAAUUGCCCGGAAUAUCGCCCAGGUUAAACUCUUCAACAACGGUGCCUCAUGUCCUUCUUCUAAUACGACCUUUGACGAUUUGAAAUCAACCACUUCAGAGGAAGUAAUCGCAUCAUUCAAGAAACUCUAUGGAUCACCGAAAGACAUUGACUUGUACAUCGGAGGUGUAACAGAAAAACAUGUACCUGGAGCUCUAAUUGGGCCGACGUUUGGAUACAUCAUCGCUACGCAAUUUGAAAAUUUGAAGCGCUCCGAUCGCUUUUUCUAUAGCGACGUGACUAAAAACAUUUCCUUCAACAGUGCUCAGCUAGGUGAAAUAGAAAAGUCAAGCCUUGCACGUAUCAUUUGUGACAACGGCGAUGGAAGUAUAACGUCCAUCCAGCCCAAUGCUUUCCGAAUUCCAACCGGAAGCAAUACUCCGUUUCCCUGUAGUGACAUACCAGGCAUUAAUUUCCACACAUUUGAAGGCAUUCAGUCCGUUACGGGACGCACUGAAGAGCUUUAAAUCAUUGUGUGUAACGUUCCUUUUAAAUUAUCAACUUCAGAAUACAGGGUAACGUUUAAAGAAA